AUGGAAUCCCUUGAAACCUUCACCCUCCUCCCCCUCGAACUCGACCCCGCAACGCACUCCAUCAUCGCCCCCCAAAACACCAGCAACGUGGUGGAAAAAGAGCUCGAAGCGCUCAACAAUCUGCACCGCAACCUUGUGCACGUCGAGACGCCGACGGGCACGCCUCCGCCCCCAGUCCCCGUCAACCCCAAGCGGUCCGCGCAAAUCGGCAAGCUGCGCGAAAACGGCAACGCCGAGUUCCGCAAGGGCAACCACGAUGCCGCCGCCAAAAUGUACACGCUAGCCAUCGACAUGGCGCUUGCGCGUCCCGCCUGGGAGCCCUCUGGCCUGGUCCGCGAAGAAGUCUCGGGACUCCUGAGUAACCGCGCGCAAGCCAACAUGGCGCAGCAGAAGUGGGCCGAGGGCGCGAUAGACGCCGAGGCGUCGGUGGAGAUGAAGAAGGUGGGCAAUGCGAAGGCGUGGUGGAGGCGGGGCAAGUGUCUGCUGGAGAUGGGCCGCCUCGAGGAGGCGGAGACGUGGGUGAAGCAGGGGUUGGAAUUUGAGGCUACGGAACAGGAUCUUGUGAGUUUGAAGGCGGAGAUUGAGAGGAAGAUUAGGGCGAAGGCUUAGAUGUGUUUGUGUGUGUGUGUGUGUGUGUGUGUGUGU